AUGUCUGCCCCUGGAGCUGGUCACGAAUUUCCUCCCCAAGAUGUCUCUUGGCAGAAGCGCGAUGUCUUACUCUUCGCCAACAGCAUUGGCUGCAAAGCUGACGAGCUUCAGUUCCUCUACUUCUUGCAGGAGUUACACCCUAACUUCUCUGUCUUCCCGACUUACCCGCUCAUUCUUCCUUUUAAGCUCACCGAUCAGGAAGUGACUGAUUUCUAUGCACGCCAAAAGGCCACCCACAUUCCUGGUGUUCCGAAGCUAGAUCACCGCCACGGUGUCGAUGGCCAGCGUAAGAUUACUGUCCUGAAGCCCCUCCCUCCUACUAGCGCUGGACGGAAGUUCGAACUGCGCAGCAAGGUCAUCGGUGUCUAUGACAAGGGCAAGCCCGGUACUGUCAUUGAGACAGAGCAAUCCAUUGUGGACAAAGAAAACGGCGAGGUUUACUCCAAGGUCCUGUCUAGUGGUUUCCUAGUUGGACAGGGUAACUGGGGCGGUCCUAAAGGUCCCGCUACUGUCAACUUCCCCCCUCCCGAGGGAAAGACUCCCGAUGCUGUGCACGUCGUCCAGACUAACAUGGAGACCGCACACUUGUACCGACUGAACGGAGACUACAACCCUCUCCACGCCACCCCAGAGCCAGGCCAGAAAAUGGGCUUCGGCGGUAUCAUUAUUCACGGUCUGUUCAGCUGGAACUCCUCUGCACAUGGUAUUCUACGCCUCCUGGGUGGUGGGGAUCCGGCGAACCUGAAGGAAUUCCAGGCUCGCUUCGCGUCGCCUGUUCGUCCCGGUGAUAAGUUGACGACUGAGAUCUGGCGCCUCGGUAAUGCGGGAGCCGAUGGCUUUGAGGAGAUUCGCUUUGUUACCAAGAACCAACAUGGUAAGGCUGUUUUGAGCAAUGGGCGCUGUUUGUUGAAGGUUACUAGCCCUAAGAGCAAGCUGUGA